GUACGAGUUCUUCGGGGAACAAAUUUACCUGAGUACGAGGAAUAGAUAUGGCCGCUUCAAGUAAAGAAGGAAGUGUUUUGGAUUGUCCAAUUUGUUUGGAAAAAUUGAGGAAACCAAAGUAUUUACCAUGUCUGCAUACGUUCUGUGAGUUGUGUAUACAGUCAUUUAUUGAUUCAUCUAUAACGUACUGUGUCCAAAAAAAGAAGACAAUAUCGUUCGAUUGUCCAGUGUGUCGACUUGUCAUACCUUCGCCAGCUAAAAAAAUAUCAGCCAAAGCAUGGGCAGAGCAACUGCCGAUAAACCAUCAGCUGUUGGCAAUAUCGGAAUCGUAUCAGAAACAAACAGAAGUCUUAUGUGAUUCCUGUAGACAAAACAGCGAGCAGGUUAUUGCAACAAUCCGAUGUCAGCAAUGUAAAGAAAACCUAUGUAAGCCUUGUUUUAAAUUCAUUCACGAAAGGGUUAAGGCAUUUGGAUUGCACAUAUUUGUCGACUUACGAUCAACAAACGCAGAAAUUGACACUACAAUUGACCCUGGAAAUUGUUUGGUUCACACAGACAAACCAAUAGAAGUGUAUUGCUUUGAUCACGGAAAACUUGGUUGCAUCUACUGUUUAACCACAGUACACAAAGUGUGCAAAACUGUUUUAUCAUUGGAUGAAAUCGACGAGAAGGAUUUAGAGAACUUCUCGGAGAGUGUCAUAAAUGAAACAAGGCAGAUGAGAGAUUUGACUUCAUGUAAUAUUCUGGACACAAAGAAAAACAUGGCAGAUCUCAAUCAAGAAAACGACGAGGUUUUGAAAAACGUUGCCAAAAACAUCCAAGACAUUAAACAACAACUUGAUAACUUACAUUUAAAUUUUCAAAAUUCAUUAAGAACUACUUACGAGAAAGAAACAACUGAUCUCUCAUUUGUACUUAAAACACUAGAGGAUUUUGACACAAGUCUUGCUCAAAAUGAGAACAUUGCAUCUACCUAUAUGGAGAGGGGAACCAAAAAACAAAUAUUUAUAGCGAUGGAGAAAAUAAAACUUCGAUUAUCUGAUCACUUGGAGAGAAUGACAACUAAUACGGAUGACUUUAAAAGAUUUAAACGAUCCAAAAUUAAGUGGACUUAUAUUGAUGUUGUUGAAAGUUUGAAUGGGUUGACAAAAUUGGGUAAUCUGGUGUGCAUUAUUGAAAGAUUUGAUUUUAUCACACCGAUAAAAAAGCAUUUCAAUGCCAUGGAAAAAGACGGAAGUCUUAGAGAGAAAGCAAAAGAAAACCAGCAACAACGGCGAAAGAUUGCUGUCCCUGCCCCGGAUUCGCAUCGACCAUCAAAUGUAAGCGAAAUCCAAGAAACUGACUAUGGACUUAAUACCUACUAUGGAGGAAUGACUCUGUCGAAUGCUUUAUUGGUUGCUGCCAUAGACUUGGGAAGUACCUUUUCUGGGUAUGCUUUUGCCACAAGAAACGACGUAGAAAAAGACUUAUUAAAAAGUCGUGUCCCCAACUGGUGUUCCCCUGAAGAAAGCUUCAUUUCACACAAGACUCCCUCGACCGUUUUAUUGGAUAAGGAUGUACAGUUGGUGGCUUUCGGUUUUGAGGCUGAAUCCAAAUAUAAAUAUUUGCUAGAGAAUGAAGAAGGCGAAAACUAUUUCUACUUCCCCCAUUUUAAGAUGAUGCUGAACGACCAAGUCAAAACAAAGAGACUGACUAGAAAUACAAUGAUAUCUGACAUACGAGGCCGAAAACUACCUGCCAAGACGGUUUUCACCUGUGCUAUAAGAUAUCUUAAAGAUCAUUUACUAGACGAGUUAAAAAAGACGUAUCAUGGAUCUUUCGAGUCAAGUGAAAUAAACUGGGUACUAACUUUUCCAGCAUCUUGGGAUGACAAAGCAAAGGAGUUAUUUCGGGAUGCAGCAGAAAAGGGAGGCAUAUCUUCAAAACAGCUAGAUAUUGCAUUAGAAGCAGAGGCAGCCACUAUUUACUUCAGACAUUUUAAGGCCCUUGAGGACACAAACAAAAUUGGUGUUUUUAAACCUGGAAGCAAAUGCCUUUUCAUAGAUGCUGGAGGUGGAACUGUGGAUAUAACCGCGCUUGAAGUGAAAAAAAAUGGAGACAUUAUAGAAAUGGAUCGAUUGACUGAUGGGGAAUGGGGUGGUAUUUGUGUAGACACUGCCUUUAAGAGCGUGCUGGUGGAAAUAGCCACGAAGGAAAUGAUUGAAAACUACAGCCGAAAGUACCCAUACGACUAUCUCAGCUUGUUCGAGAAUUUUGAAAACAAAAAACGCAACUGUCGAAAAGGACAAGUUUGCACAUUAAGAAUCCCCCUCUCUUUCAACGAGGAAUGCUUGGAAACUUUAGGCACUGACGUAAAUACCCUGAUCAACAAUUCUAAAUAUAAAGAUACUUUUAUCUUAAGACGUAACCAUAUGAGUAUAAAGUCAUUUGAAACAUUUUUUCAGUCGGCUUGCGACGGAAUUAUUAAACUUCUGAAGAAGUUAUUCCAAUCUCCCAAACUCAUUGAUGUGAAUACGAUUCUGAUGGUUGGAGGGUUUUCAGAGUCAUGCAUAUUACAAGAUGCGAUUCGGGAUGCUUUCCCAACCUGUCAGGUUGUUGUACCAGAAGAACCGGGUUUAGCUAUUCUACGUGGGGCUGUUGCACUUGGCUUUCAUUCAUGGACCCAUUCAGAGCCCUAUCGCAUUUCAAGGUACACAUAUGGUGUGGACAUGGAUGCUAGAUUUGACCCAGCAGUACACGAAGAGUCUAAAAAGGAAGUUAUAGAUGGAGUUGAAUAUUGCACUGGUUUAUUCGACAAGCUCGUAGGAAAAGGAGAAAAAUUAUUUGACGGCGAACAUUCUGCCAUAAAAUAUUACAUUCCAAUAACUCCACAGCAGACUUUUGUAUCAUUCAAUAUUUUCUAUUCAGACGAAAGUGAUCCGUUAUACACAGACCAGUGUACUCGCCUUGGAAAGGUAAUGAUACAUAUACCAGGUGGGUUAAAGAAUCGCACUUUAUGUGUAAUGAUGAGUUUUAAGACUGAGUUAACAGUCGAAGCAGUGGUGUUGGAAACGGGGGAAAGUGUCGCUUGUAGAUUCGAUUUUCUAGGAAUUGAUUCUUAGAGGCAAAACACAUCAAGUGAUAGUUUUGAUACUUUAGAAAUUAAAAAAAAGGUUAUAUCGUAUACACGUUUUCCACCCUGUGCAUAAUAAAACUGAAAAUUCCCCCAGCCGUAUGUAAUAAACUCUAGGGAUGUAUAACAAAAUUUAUUACACACCCCUUUCGAGCAAUCUUCAGUUGUCAGUACACACCCCUAGGGUUUGUCACGCACGGGUAUUCGAAUUUUCGGUUUAUGUCGCACAUGGCGGAAAAGGGUAUAUUUUCUUUUAGUUUCUAUUCUGAGCCUUGGAGAGGGAAUAGAAAACACACAGCAGAGAGCGGAUGGUUAUGCUUGAAUGUUAUGAAAAAUUUAAUAAGCAGUGGGUUUCUGUCGAAAUAUUAUCAAAUUGUAAAAUUUUAAAUUUGUCAAAAAUGUAUUGUUGACAUUUACAUAACCAAACUUUAAGCCUUAAAUUAUGCUACUGAUUUCACUACACUCUGCUUAGUUAGAAUAAUUUAACUAUGUCUUGGGACAGGCCUUCACCUAGGUUAUUGAAAUGCCCCCCAUAAUAUACCCGUAAAGUAGCAGAAAAUUGCAGAAUCGCUCUGAAACGAUUUUGGAGAAAGUUAAUGAAGUUGCAUUGAAAAUAACAGUCAAAUUAUUCAUAACAAACCAUUUUGGGCUGUAAAUACUUUUCUUCUAGAAAUCUAAUCCAUAUUAUUGAACUAUUCAACACUUUUUCACAAACGUUUUUAGUCCCUUCAAAUUUACACACCAUGUUGACGUUCGGAGCUCUCGGCAUUUUUCAUAUUUAAUGGACUGUGUUAGAGUUAUCUUUCGUAUUUUCUUUGAUGAACAGAGUAAUAGCAAAUUUCCAAUGAAAAUUUACACGCAUUUGUGUUUUAUCGUUUCUGAGUUUAUACAUGCAAAUAUGAUAUUGUGGAAACAUAAACUAAAGAGCCUCCCGUGAUUUAGCAAAAUUGUAAAAUAAAAAAAAAUCCAUAUGAUUUCCGGAGUUUUUUUGGAACUUUCGUUGAUUGAUAAUAAGCAGAGCUUGAUUGAGAGAAAAAACAAAUUGGUAAUCUUCAAUUACCAAUGAUGUUUAAAAUACCUGUAUAUAAAAGAAAAGACAGUACUCUUUCGGUUUAUCGGUAUUAAAGGCCAAAAAUUCGAGUCUAAUAUUUUAAUAUAGUAGUAUAUAUAGGAUUAGUGUUAUAAAUCAUUUAAGGUAGCUCGUGGGUUUACUGUUUUUGAGAAAUUAAAGUUAUCCUGAAAAAUUGUUAUUUGAAAGGUUUAUCUUUGAAACGUAUUUGAGAUUCGUCUGCGUUAUAACAUUAUUAUGUUUUCGAGUUUCAAACACAGCAAUGCUUAUCAAAUCAAAAAAUUUCAAUGAAAGGUAUAGUAACAUGCACAUUUUAAUCGGUAAAUUUGGCUUCGUUUUAAAGGCAAGAUCUAUUAAAUGAAAAGUGCCUACAGACUUAUGAAAUUUUGGAGUUUUGUCUAAUUUUUUUUAUAAUGAAUUUUCUAAACCUGUAGACGCCUUUUGCUAGAUCUUACUAGAUCUUGACCUUAUCAAAAACUUGUCUGACUCAACCCGGUGAUGUUAAACCGGGUAGUUUUAGCUCACCUGAACCGAGGUUCAAUUGAGCUGAGCUUUUUUAAUAACCUUUGUCUGUAGUCUGUUCGUUCGUCUGUCUGUAAACAUUUUUGACUUCUUUAGAAAAAAAAAUUAAUACAAAUAUUAGUUCAAAUCAUUCUUAUGGGAAAGAGAUAAUAAAUUGUUUAAAUAAAGUUUAAUAAACCCUUCUCUAAAGGAAGAUAAUCACGUAACACAAAUAGGGUGGGUGACUUAAAAACUCUUCUUCUAAAAAAAACUACCGCACUAGAAAUGCCAAUAUUUACACCAUAGCUUAUAAAUUGUAUAUAGAGUUAAAAUCUAAGUUCCACCGGAUUAAUACAUGGGCCCAAAAUUUAACAUAGAAAUAUAUACGGGAAAUGUUUGAAAAUCUUCUCAAGAACUAUAAUGCUACAGUUGGUGACAUUAUUAUGCAGGCAUCCUAAGAAAGUGUAAAUUGAAAGUUAUUAAAAUUGUGACAUCCGGACCAAUACUGGGGCCCAAAGAGAGGUUGACAGUUAAAGAAAUACUAGUAUAUUGAAAAUGUUUAAAACUCUUCUCAAGAACUACAAUUAUAUAAUAUGUAACUAUCAUUGUAACUAUCCAAGCAUCCUAAGAUAGUGUCGAUUCGAAAUUGUUAGAAUCUUGAUCCCUAGGCCAAUACUUGGGGCCACAGGAGGGGUCCUAACGAGUGUAAGGAGAAUAAAGUGGUCUUAAUCAGAUUGUUAUCCUGAUAGCCAUGUUUAUUGAUUUUUUCAAACACGUUUUGACACAAAAUGAUUUUAAUAGUUUUUCUUUUCAAGUUAAUGAUAUAUCCCUAUUUUCAUGCACGUAUAUAAUACAUCUUCAUGUGUAUGUAUUUAAAUUUUUGUCUCAUCCUUAGUGUUUAUGUUAGUGGGAAGAUUUAUCAUAUAAUGUAAUAGCACGAACUGUUUUAUUGCACAUUAUGCAUCUGUAUUUUGUUUCGAAUUUGUAGUACACCUUGGCUGAAGGCUUAUGUAAGCUUUUCUGAUCACGUUGGUCGGUGUGCGUCUGUCCGUCCGUCCGUCUUUCGGUACGUCCGUCUGUCUGUCUGUCCUUCUGUAAACCUUUGCAUAGUUACUUUUUCUUCAGAACCAUAAGACCAAAUUCAACCAAACUUGGCACAGAACAUCAUUUGGUAAAGGCAAACAAACUUUAUUAAAAUGCUGGCCCAUGCCAGAUAGGCUAUAGCUUGUGUUGCACUAUCCUGAGGUAGUAUGGAUUUAAGUUUGUUUAAAUUAUGACCCCGCAGGAGGAUGGGGUUUCAAUGGAGGUUGAAUUUUUACAUUGAAAUAAAUAGAGAAAAUUCGUUUUAUUCUUUCAAAAAUCAUUUUGCCUUAUAAACUGAAGCUUGUGUUGAAGCAUCCUCCGGUUGUGUAAAUAAAAGUUUGUUCAAAUCAUAAACACAAAGGGUUAGGAUGGGAUUAUGCGGAAGUUUAAAUUAAAACUUAUUUAAAAGCAUCCUCAGGUAGUGUAGAUUAAUCAUCUUGUUAAAGUGGAGAGAAUCUGAACCAUGACUGGGCCCAAAAACGUUCAAUAUUGUAUAUCAGCUAGAUUGUUUAAAUCAUGACUAUCAAACUAAUACUUGGGCCCUCGAAGAGAUUAAACAAUCAAUAAGGAAUAUUCAUAUAAUAUACGUAAAAUCUGCAAAAAGUAUUCUUUUCCAGAAAUCCAAUGCUACAGUUUGUUAUAUUAUAAGGCCAUUGCAAGUUUUUUCUUUAUUAAGCGUCCACCCAAAACUCAAAAACCUAUCUUUCUAUCAGGAAAAAAACUCCACAAACCUUAGAAAAAAAACACAACUUUAAAAGUUCAACAAAAUAAAAUUUGUUAUAUAUUUUGAAGUAUUUUCUUCAUUUUGUAACAAAAAUACAAAAAUAACAAAUACCUACUAUAUGAUUUCCACUUUGAAUGUUGUUAUAUUUGAUUUCUGCUCCGGAUUUUAAAAAUGCGAUUCUGAGCCCGACAUAUGGAAAAGCGAUCUAACUUUAUGAACAGCAAUUGUUGUGGUUUUUUUUUUUUUUUUUAAUUUUACAUCUCAAAACCAAUCUGUCCGCGGACGCUAAACAUAGAAAAAACUUUGAAUGGCCUAAUGUAUGAAAACAUAAUAAUUCAUUUUUUUCCAUUCUAAAUUGUUAAUACAACGAUCAUUGAAACAACGAAUGGGUCCAAAUAUUCAACAUGAAGAUAAACAUGUAUAGAAAACUUUUUAAAAUUAAGAUAUACUCAAUUAAAUUGUUCAGAUAUUUAUAUUUUGUAUUUUACUCCGUAAAACAUAUUUAAUCAGAGUACUGAGGUGAGCGAUGUGGCCCUUGGGCCUCUUGCUUUAUCAUUUUUAAUUUCACAAUAACGAUCAACCAGUAUGUAUUUGUCUGAUUUUUUAAAAUGAUUUAGCCAUUCAGUUGUAUAGACUUCAAUUUUAGUACUAAGGUUAAUUAUUAAACAGGUACCUGUAUAUACACGCAAAGAUUUAUGUUUAAACGUUAAAAAGACAUUUUUUGAUCUCAUCAUUAUUUAAUCAUUCAUGAGAUUGAUUGUUCAUAGCAAUUGAAUAAUCAUAUGAAGAUCCUGAUCAGUAGUAAUAAAAUGUUCACACAUAAGACUCC